UGCAGCGCGCGCACACACGGGCGAGUUGAGAGAGAGCCGGGCGCGCGGUAUGAGUGAAUCCGCGCGGAUGUGCGUGUGUUAACGGCAUGACGGCGGAUCGUGCGAGCUGCUGUUGAAGGAGAAGAGCCGGUAAGGAGAGAGAGAGAGAGAGAAAGAGAGAGAGAGAGAGAGAACGCGAGAAAGCGGCGGGGGAAUCAUGCGGUGUCCUGCGCUCCGGCUGCUGGGUCUCGUGUGCCAUCUCUCCGCGCUUUUACGCACCGCGCACACUCACAAACUACACCCGAAACAAGAGAGCUUCAUCCGACAGCUGUCAUCAUACGAGAUCAUUACUCCAGUGCGAUUGAAUGAGUUCGGAGAGUCCAUCCCGCACCGGCUGCAUUACCGCAGAAGAAAACGCAGCGCCGACACAGAGGUCUCGGAUUUGAAGGCUCAUUACCGAAUCGAGGCGUUCGGUCAGAGGUUUCAUCUGAACCUGACUGCUGAUUCUGGAUUUAUCGCUCCGACCUACACGGUGGUUCAUCUGGGAGAGGAAGAGCAUCAGGCCGCAGACCUUCGGCACUGUUUCUAUAAAGGACACGUAAACGCUCUGCAGGAACAUCAGGCCGUCUUCAGCCUCUGCACUGGACUCAUCGGUACGUUUACGACACAGAGCGGUCAGUUUUUUCUGGAGCCCCUGCUGAGCGCUGAUGGAGAAUACGAAGAGGAACAUAACAAACCUCAUCUUGUCUACAAACACGACGCGCACAGAAAAUCACCUGACACGCAGCCGUGCACAGCCUCAGAACAUCAUACCAGCAGACACAUCAAUCUCCAUAGCAACAGAACUUUGAAAGAGGAAGUGACAUCAAUAGAGGAAACGAUGCACAAACGCGUGAUUCACACCAAAGAUGAUUCCAGCGAUCCCCAUUCCCGUAAGAAGAGGUUCCUGUCGUACCCGCGCUUCGUAGAGCUGAUGGUGACGGCCGACACCAAGAUGGUGCGACAUCACGGACGAAACCUUGAACACUACAUACUAACAAUCAUGUCAGUAGUUGCUGCGAUCUACAGAGACCCCAGUGUAGGAAAUCUCAUAAACAUCAUGAUUGUCAAACUCAUUGUUGUACAUAAUGAACAGGAAGGGCCGAACAUAAAUUUCUCUGCAACCUCGACGCUGCAUAACUUCUGCGUCUGGCAACAAAGUCACAAUGUUUUGGACGACAGUCACCCGAAUCAUCAUGACACGGCCCUUCUCAUAACCAGGGAGGAUAUCUGCCGAGCAAAAGACAAGUGUGAAACGCUAGGUUUGGCGGAGUUGGGGACGAUGUGCGAUCCGUACCGCAGUUGCUCCAUCAGCGAGGAGAACGGACUGAGCACUUCCUUCACUAUCGCCCAUGAGCUCGGACACGUGUUUAACAUGCCUCACGAUGACAGCCCGAAGUGCCGAGAGGCCGGCGUCAAGUACCAGUAUCACGUCAUGGCUCCGACCCUGAACUACGACACCAGUCCCUGGUCCUGGUCCAAAUGUAGCCGAAAACACAUCACAGAUUUUCUUGACACCGGUUAUGGUGAAUGUCUACUGGACGAGCCUCCGGGCAGAACCUAUAACCUUCCUGCCCAGCUCCCAGGUCAACUAUACAACGCCAACCGACAGUGUGAACUCAUGUUUGGUCCCGGCACUCAAGCCUGCCCGUAUUUGAAUCACUGUAAACGUCUGUGGUGCACCAGCGCUGACCGCGAAGGUUGUCGCACUCAACACAUGCCUUUCGCUGAUGGGACUAACUGCGGUUAUGGGAUGCAUUGCAGGCAUGGGAUGUGUGUGAAUAAGGAAAUAGAUCUGAAGCCGGUACACGGUGAAUGGGGUCCCUGGGGGCCUUACAGUGUUUGUUCGAGAACCUGCGGUGGAGGGACACGCAGCACAACACGAGACUGCAAUAAACCUGAGCCGAGGAACGGAGGGCGUUUUUGUGUGGGUCGCAGGAUGAAGUUUCGCUCGUGUAAUACAGAUCCGUGUCCCCGCGGCCAGAGAGACUUCAGAGAGGAGCAGUGUGCGCAGUUUGAUGGGAAACACUUCAAUAUCAAUGGACUGCCACCAUCUGUCCGCUGGGUACCCAAGUACAGUGGCAUUCUGAUGAAGGAUCGAUGUAAGCUCUUCUGUCGCGUCGCCGGGACCAUGGCUUACUAUCAGCUGAGGGAUCGGGUUGUAGACGGAACGCCGUGUGGUCCAGAUACAUACGACAUCUGUGUCCAAGGCCUCUGCCGGCAAGCAGGUUGUGACCACAUUUUGAACUCUAAGGCCAGAAAUGAUAAAUGUGGAGUUUGUGGUGGAGAUAAUUCCUCAUGUAAAACGCUCGCAGGAACCUUCAACAACGCACAAUACGGUUAUAAUGUCGUGGUGCGGAUUCCUGCUGGUGCGACUAACAUUGAGAUUAAACAGGUCAGCUACUCAGGGACACCAGAUGACGAUAACUACCUCGCUCUGUCUGAUGGACACUCCAACUCCCUUCUCAACGGGAACUUCGUGGUGUCCAUGUUUAAAAGGGAAAUUACAUUUAAGGGAGUCGAGAUCGAGUACAGCGGAUCAAACACUACAGUGGAACGCAUCAACUGCACGGAGCGCAUCGAGGAAGAGCUCGUGCUACAGGUUCUGUGUGUGGGAAACCUCUACAAUCCAGACGUGCGAUAUUCCUUCAGCAUUCCCAUUGAACCUGAUAGGGAAGCAUUUGUGUGGGAUGUGUCCGGACCCUGGCAGGAAUGCAGUCGCAUGUGUCAAGGAGAGCGUCGGCGGAAGGCAGUGUGUGUUCGCAAGAGCGACCAUUUGGUGGUUUCCGAGCAGAGGUGCGAAUAUCUGCCUCGGCCCCGGGGCACAACCGAGUCCUGCGAAACAGAAUGUGAACUCAGGUGGCAUAUAGCGGGCAGAAGCGAUUGCUCUAGUAAAUGUGGACCCGGGUACCGUACGCUGGAUGUGCUGUGUAUGCGCUACAGUCAGAAUAAGAGGCAUAGCGAACGCGUGGAGACAAGAGCCUGCGCAGACCUGCCCAAACCACAGACACGAGAGGUUUGCCAUGGAGACUGUCUCCUGAAAAGCUGGCAGUACAGCGCCUGGUCUCAGUGCUCUACGACAUGUGGUCACGGCGUCAGGACACGGCAGGCCUUCUGCAUGAACAAUCUGGGCCGCAGACUUGUGGACCGAGAGUGUAGCGAACAGCAGAGGAUUUUGACCGAACCUUGUAAUGAUGUGUCCUGUCCUGAUUGGUCCACCGGCGAGUGGAGUGAGUGUUUGGUGACCUGUGGUAAAGGUGUUAGACACAGGCAGGUGCUAUGCAUUCUGGGAGAUGAGAAACUCAACGAGCAGCGCUGUGAUCCAAACACUAAACCUUCAUCUGUUGGCAGCUGUGAACUUCCUGAGUGUGCAUCCUGGCAAGUCGGAGUCUGGAGUUCGUGUACUGUGAGCUGUGGGCAGGGAUAUCAGAUGAGAGCGGUGAGGUGUGUAUCAGGAGAUUACCCACAGACGGUGGAUGACAGGGAGUGUAAUGCAGCCGCCAGACCCCGAGACAGCCAGGACUGUGAGAUGUCAGCUUGUCCACGCACAGCAUCGGUGUUUAACACACCAGGACCACCAGACCACCAGUCAGCUCAAACAAACACACAGUGGAGAUUCGGCUCAUGGACAACAUGCUCUGUGUCGUGUGGCGAGGGCAGAAGAGGACGUUACGUCAGCUGUAGAGAUGCUCAGGGGGGCGUGGCCGAUGAGUCUUACUGUGCCAAUCUGCCUCGACCCCCAGACUCAUCGACGUGUUUCAGCUCCUGCGGCCAAUGGAGAGAGAGCGAGUGGUCCACAUGUUCGGUAUCGUGUGGCGUGGGUCGGUCAACACGCCAGGUGGUGUGCAUGAACUAUCACCAUCAGCUGGACGAUUCCUUCUGUCACCCAGAUGAGAAACCCAGCACUGAGCAGGAGUGUACUGCCACCCCUUGUCAAUCUUCCUACCAGUGGCCCAACAAUCAGCCCCAUUUACCCUAUGACCCGGGCAGCCACCCCGGACAUCACAGCUGGAACGUCCCAUCGGCCGACAACCAAUGGAGGACGGGACCAUGGGGAGGGUGUUCCAGUACAUGUGAAGGAGGCUUUCAGAGGAGAGUGGUUGUCUGUCAGGACGCAGAUGGACGCAGCACCAAUUACUGCGAUGAAAGAGUCAAACCCAGCGAAUCAAAGAGCUGCAACUCUGGACCCUGUCCACACUGGAACUACGGCGUCUGGGGAGAGUGCUCGCGGUCUUGCGGUGGCGGUCAGCGGACGCGUCUGGUGGUGUGUCAGCGUCCGAACGGGCAGCGGUUAAACCCACAUAACUGUGACGUGCUUGAGAAACCGCCCGAUGAGGAGCCGUGUAACACCCGACCCUGCCCCGGCUCCGCUUCCUGGCACAGACAAGCGUGGAAGCCGUGCUCUGUGUCCUGUGGGAAAGGAUUGAAAGAAAGACAGAUCGUAUGUGUUGACCAGAACCGAACCCAGAUUGAAGAUGAGCGCUGUGUCCAUCUGGACCGACCCAGAACACAGAAGAUCUGUAGAGCAGGACCCUGUCCCAGCUGGAGGACCAAUCAGUGGACAGCGUGUUCUGCCAGUUGUGGUGUUGGCGUUCAGACCCGUGAGGUGUUCUGCAGAGUAAAGGUCAGAGGUCGAGUCAGCGAUGAUCUGUGUGACACGCGUGUUCGUCCUGAUCAGAUCCAGUCCUGCUUGCACACGGAGUGUCAGACGUACAGAUGGACGACACACGAGUGGCAGAGAUGUAACACGACCUGUGGUCAAGGUUUGAGAUCCAGAGCCGUCUUCUGUUCGGAUAAAGAUACGAACGUCGUUUCUGAUAGCAUGUGUGAUGCUUUGAACAAACCUGAGGUGCAACAGAUCUGUCACAGCGCCCCCUGUCAGCAUAUGUGGAGCACUACAGACUGGACUCAGUGUUCAGUCACCUGUGGUUUUGGACUUCAGCGUCGGAUGGUCCUCUGCACUGUUGUGCCCUUUGACCCCAGUCUGGGACCGUUUAAUGCACAGUUAUAUUCUCAGGCUGAAUGCCCUGAACCCCGGCCACCCGACACCAGACCGUGCCAACUCUCUGAGUGCCCGUUACCCGUGUACUGGAAAGUGGGACCAUGGGGGGAGUGUUCUCAGACAUGUGGAGCUGGAGUGAUGGAGAGAAAGGUGGAGUGUGUAAGCACUGAUGAUGUCACAUCUAAUGUGUGUUCACCGUCCACACGACCCGAGUCUCACGCCACCUGCCGCCAGACAGACUGUGAACUGUACACGACCUGUAGAGAGGUUCAGAUGAAAGGCGGCAUUAGAGAAGAUGGAGAGCAUUAUCUCAAAAUCCAAUCAAAGAUCCUGCAGAUCUACUGUGCUGAAAUGCAGACCGGCAACCCAAAAGAGUACGUGACCCUGCGCAGCGGCCAAACAGACAAUUACUCUGAGAUCUAUGGAUACAGACUUCAGAAGCCAUUUGAAUGUCCAUUUAAUGGCAGCAGAAGACAGGACUGUGACUGUAGGAAUGAUUAUUUGGCCGCUGGUUACACCGUCUUUCAGCGGGUACGACUGGAUCUUCUGACAAUGCGAAUCAUCACGACUGAUGUGAGGUUUAGUGAAACACUGUUUGGUCGCUCCGUCCCGUUCGCUUCAGCUGGAGAUUGUUACAGUGCUGCUAAAUGUCCUCAGGGUCAGUUUAGUAUCAACCUCGCUGGCACCGGGUUAAAGGUUGCAGGUUCGACUAAAUGGGUUUCUCAGGGGAAUUAUGUGACACUUAAAGUUCAUCGUUCACAGGAUGGCAGCAGAAUUUACGGUCGGUGUGGAGGAUUUUGUGGUAAAUGUCUCCCUCAUCCACACACCGGCCUUCUUGUUCACAUUUAGUGAGAGAGACUUCAAAUAAAUCUGUUGAGCUCUUCCAGAGAUGUAAACGUCUCUCCAUCAUGGCAGCAGGUGUGAAACUGAUCUUCAUGUGAGUCACAAAUACUGUGAACGAGGACAUUUGGAAAAUUAAUUUCGUUUAUUGGAAAGAAUUGUGGGAGAAAUGAUUGUAAUGUUUUUAGGUUCAGCAGGGUAACAGCAUGAGGCAAAAGAUUUCAUCUUGUUCAGUCAGCAUCCAAUCUCGCCUGUUAUACAAUCACAUUUUUAUUUUUACCAAACAAUCAUACAAAACUACUGGGGUAAUAGCAUGGUACGGUUAUAAUAUCAGAUGGUACCUGAGGUAUUGGAUAAUACCAUCAUGGUAUAUACAGUGCAUUAUGCUGAUGGGUAGUUGUAGUACAUUUCAAAGAGAUUACUGUGGUAUUAUCAUGGUACAUUUAAAGUAUUGCAUUUUUUUAUGUAAAAACUAUUCAAGCACCAAAUGAGAUUAACAAAGUAAAACUACUGAAGACGUUUGUCCCAGAUGGACAUGAACUUCACUAUGUAUUAAACUUGGGUUGCUAAUAGAUUUUAGAUGAGAGAUGAGGUUAUGACCACAGCAGGCAGCUGUAUAUAUUUCAGUGUUGUGUAUAUUUGCAUGCUUUAACUCACAGAUUAAGGUUGAAAACACUGUACAGUAGAUCAGCUUUACUAAAGUCCUGCUGUCUCCGUCAGAAAUAUUUAUCUGUCACACCGUUAUAGCAGUUUGAUGAUGAUGAUGAUGAUGAUGAUGAUGAUGAUAUGUGACCCUGAACCACAACACCAGUCAUAAGUCACACAGCUAUAUUUGUAGCAAUAGCCAACAAUACAUUGUAUCGGUCAAAAUUAUACAAUUUUAUGCAAAUAUCAUUAGGAUAUUAAGGAAAGAUCAUAUAUGGAACUAAGCUUAUCCCAUCAUGCAUUAUGUUCUGGAUGUAAAGAUAUUUUGUACAUUUUCUACCGUACAUAAUAUCAAAACUUUAUUUAUUAUUAGUAAUGUGUGCUAAGGAUUUCAUUUGGACAACGUUAAAGGCGAAUUCUAGCAAACCAUACAUUAAUGGAAAGCGUAUUUAUUAAACUUUCAAGUUAAUUUAUUUAUAUAGCACAACUGAAACACAACCAUCGUUGAUUCAGAGUGCUUUACAAUAAAAGGUUACUUAAAAAGCAACAGGGAUAAAAAAUUUGAGAGAAGGAGAUUAAAAAACAUAUAUACACAUAUAAAAACAUCAAAAGUACCGUACACGCCGUCACUCAAAUGCAAGGGUGUAAAAAUGUGUCUUUAGGUUGGAUUUAAAAACACUAUACACUAAAGUGAUGGAGAAGCCCUGAUCUUAAUGGCCUAGAGGUUGUAUAUAAGUUCACAGAUAUAAUCCGAGGUUGACUUUUGCAAUGCCUUGUAUACAAAAAGAAGGAUCUUAAAAUCAAUGCAGAGCCAAUGCAAUGAAGCAGGAACAGGUCCAUCUUUUUUGUUCCUGUCAGCAAUCUGGUUGCUGCAUUUUGAACAAUUUAAAGUCAAAAUUGAGAUUUAUAUAUCACCUCAAGGCUCUCUAUUAAAAAAUAAUGACCCUUAUGGUUUUGUGGUAUAGGGUCACAUAUAUAUGCUCAUAUUUAAUAGCAUGAGACCAUUUACACCGGUUAAAACUACUAAACCAUUCAUCAAAUGUGGAUUAGCACUGUUUUUAAAGGGCACAUAUCAUGAAAAUCUGUCUUUUCCAUAUUUAAGUGCUAUAUUUGGGUCCCCAGUGCUUCUAUCCAUUCUUGGCAAGCAUGGGAAAAAAUAGGGCAUUAAAAUUUGGCUCUCCUUGUGAUGUCAGAAGGGGAUCUUAUUAUAAUCAUACUGCCCCUUAAUCUGCACUAUCCAACCACAGCACUGCCAUUUAGUGCAGAGAUCAGAUCAUUUGCAUUUUAAAGGACACACACAAGAACGGCACAUUUUUGCUCACACCUACAAAGUGUAAAUUUUAACAUGCUUUUGGGGCAGUUUCUCGGACAGAGAUUAGCUUAAACCAGGACUAGGCCUUAGUUUAAUUAGGAAAUAUAACUAGUUUUAACAAACAGGCUUAAUAAAAACAUUACUUAGGCAAAACAAAGGGCACUGAUGUAUUUUAAAAUAUGUCUGUGCAAGUUGUUUUCGGUUUGGACUGCUCUUACAUUUAUUUUAGUCUAGGACUAGUCUAAUCCCUGUCCGGGAAACCACCCCAUAAUAAAUCAUCUAUGUGAUAUUUUGAGAUAAAACUUCACAUACGUACUCUGGGGACACCAAAGAUUUAUUUGACAUCUUAAAGUACUGUGAAGUAUUACAAAAUGUCCCCUUUAAAGGUACUAAACUGAUAAAAAAAGAAAACGUGAAGCAUUACUUGUUAAACUUGGUAUUGCUGGUCUUCAGUUAGUCCUGUAACCAUUAAGAAUUGUGCCCAAUAUCUCUUUAAAACCACCUGGAGACCAGCUCAGACCAGUACUUUGGUUUAUGUUGCUUUAAAAUCAGAAUACGUCCUGCAUUUCACUUAAAAUAUUUCAUUAGUUGCUAUUUAAAAUGUCAGACAGAUGAAUACAGUUUUAUUAGAAGGGAACAUCAUAGACGAUCAAAUUAAUGUUUGUCUGACUACCUCUCAUACUCGUGUUUGAUUCUUUAUUAUUUAUGAUUAACAGUAUUUAUUUUGUAGAAAAAUGUGCAUACUUCUUACCUGCAUUUAUUGAGAAUCUGUUUUUAAAUUAGACAUUGAUCAUUUUGUGUUGGGGUAUUAAUACUGAAGAGUGUAACGGUGCCUAUUUUACUACUAAAAUGACUUCUGAAAAACGGUGCUGGAUUUAGUUUUUAUGUUUUAUAUGUUGCUUUUACAAUUGUUUUGUAAAUAUCUGAAUUAUAUUUUGAAUGUUUGUUGGCAUGUGUAAUGUAGUAUAUAUGACAAGCUUGAGGAUUAAUAUUUUAACCAAUCUAAUAUUUUCAAACGUCUUUCUGAUUUUAUAUGCCCUCCAUUUUCAACCAAAGUAAAGCUAUGUUUAAUGAUUGUUAAGAUGACACAACCUGAAGGAUAUUAAGCCUGUUUUAGGUUUAAUGUACAAACUAACAGAUAACAAAUGUUUUUGACUAUCAUUGUGUUGAUAGAUGACUGAACUAUAAGGUCUGUAUCAGAAAUGAACUGAAUAUUUAAUGCACUGUGUGCCGGGAAUAAUGUAGACAUUUAAACCUGUAUGUGUUUGUAUAUUAACAUUGAAGCUUUGUGAAUGUUUGUUUAUAAUAUUCAUACUUGAAGUGAAAAGAUUGAUUGAUUGAUCAGAGGUUUUGCAUUAAUUGGAGUAUUACCCAAAGAUAUUUUAUUGAGCUAUUUACCCAUAAAUAUCACGUCCAGUGCUUUUUUAUAAGACAAAAAUGUUCUUUGGUGCUACAAUAAAAAUAUGUUUGUAAUGUCAAUGAGAUACAGCACAAUACUAACAUUAAUCAAAGAAUUAUAAUAAAAUGAU